UAUAUACUUAUUUACUCUAUAUUGCAGUGAGAACAUGGAAAUGCUUUUGGUGGAGAUAGAGAAGGUAGGUGGAAGAGUAGUAUUAGCUAUGGAGGAGCAUAAUGCAAGAAAAUCACAAUGUGGAAAUGGGAUCAUACGAGGACAAGAUUUUGAUGGCUCAGUUUGUUGUUUCUACAAACAUAGCCGCAAUGUUUCUGGUGACCAGUGGGUCGGCUCCUUGAAAUGUGAUGUGAUUAAGAUGCUGAUCAGAGGAUCAGAUUACUCUCAUGCACUAUGUAUGCAUGUCUGUGAAGGGUCUUCUGAGUUUCAUGUUUACUCCAAGAAAGGUUGGGUAUCAUUCUGCCCUGACACAGAUGCUAUAGUCAUCACAAUUGGAGAUCAAAUACAGGCAUGGAGUGGUGGACUGUACAAGCAGGUGAUAGGGAGGCCAAUAUUUAAAGGAGAAAAUGAAGAGUGUAUCUCAAUGGCUUUCCUCUAUUCUCCCUCUAAAAACAUCAAAAGCUUCAAAACAAACGAGGGGAAGACCAUAUCACUUGGCCAACAAGCCAUAGUGGCCAUACUUUUCACACUUGUUUACCAUUUUUUGGUUUAUAUCUACAAAUUGUGAAGAACUUGAGGUUUCAAUUUCAUCCAUCUAGUCAAUGGAAAGCAGAUAUGCAUAUCAUUUUACCCCUUCUUUAUAA